AUUUUAAAAAACAAUUUUAUGUUUAUUUGGUUCAUUUAUAGUGCAAAGCUGGAAUAAAAGCAUGAUCUUUUAUAUGACUCAUUAACCCAGACGAAGUGGCGCACCUUAAAUAAACUUCGAGAAUGUUAUUUGUCAGGUCCUUUUUAUAGAAGUGGAAUCAAAAACAAACAAGAUGUAUUGUGCAAUUUAUUCUUAUUUAUCGAUUGCAUUCGUACCAAUGAUUCUCACCCAAGUGUUACCCAACAGGACCACAAGGAAAAGCAUCACAUCAACACCAUUUUUAAAAGAUAACGAUAACAACAUUGCAAGCACAGACAAGCCACCAAGAAUUAUUCACGGACGUGGAACAUUCGUCAUCAGUGGGCUAUUUCCAAUUACAGAACCUUCAUCCGAAAUCAAUGUUCAGUCAGGCAUUAUGAUGGCAAUAGCAAUGAAGUAUGCCUUGGAACGCAGCAGCAGCUUUUAUGGCUACAAUGUAAACCAUGACAUUCUGGAUGCAGUUGGUGAUUACAAAGUACGCGAACAAGUUUUAAAUACAUUCAUACAGGGAAAACAAUUUCUCGUCGGUCCAUACUCAUCCGAAACAACAUACAUUAGCAAUAUAUUGGCUAGCACGUUUAUGCUACAAAGCAUCUCUUAUGGUGGGACCUACAGUGACUUUUAUAAUAAUGAUAUAAGUCAUAAAUAUAUGGUACGUUCAAUCCAAUCUGAUGUGUACCGCAUUCACGCUGUUUUGGAUGUUGUCAAGGAAUUGCAAUGGAAUUAUGUCUCAGUUGUAAGCUCUUUCAACUAUAAUGGAGAAAGGGAAGCAAUCAAUUUUGUGUCUAAGUUGUCAAUGAUAGACGCGUGUCUUGCUAAUCAGUUUGAUUUGCCCAAAAAUCCUACAGAAAAGGAGUUUGUGCAAAUUGUAAAAGGUUUACACAUGGACCGUCGCGUUAAAGCCGUAGUUUUGUUUACAUCAAAGCAAGAUUCCCGAUACUUUUUCCAAACUUUGGCAAGACUUAAUAUGGAAGGGCUUUUCUUUAUCUUGUGUGUGUAUGGCUGCACUAACUAUGUUGAAGUUAUAAAAGACAUAGAAGAAACGACAGUUGGCGUGUUAAGCCUGGAUGUACACAAUCCAGAAGUGAUCGGUUUCAAGGAGUAUUUUUUAAGUCAAAAGGUCUCGCAUGAGUCACCGGAAUACUUUAAGAACUAUUGGGAAACAUUGUUUGAGUGCCAUCUUAAUAAAACACAUAACUUAGGCCUAUACAGUAAGAAUUGCACUAAAAAUGAAACUUUGACAGAAACUGAUUACUACCCGAAUACGCCUAUACAUACUGUUGUAAAUGCAGUAAGCGCUAUCAUCAAAACGCUUAAGUCCUUUAUAGAGAAAACCUGCAAUGAAAAUAGCUCAUCAUUAGAUGGAACUGAUAAAUGCCCAAUACAACCGUCUAAAGUGCAUAGAAUUGCAGACAAUAUUACUCGACUGUUCAAUGAUAUUAUGUCGGCGCCAGAUGGUACGAUUUUGGAGCAGAGUGACUUAGUAAAACACGACAGUUCCAUAAUACAGUUUGAUCUUCAUAACUUUAUCAAAACAAAUAAAACUUACCAAAGUCUUCUCAUAGCUGAAUGGAAAAUCAAAUUAAGUGAUGAAGAGAAGAAGACUAAAAAAGCUGUAGAAAUUAUGGCAACACGAAAAGGAGAAUUGACAGUACUUCACGAGAUACACUUACGCAAUGGUUCGCAUGGUGAGUUAAAAGCAUUUUGCAGUGAACCCUGUAAAAGAGGCUUCCAAUACGUUCUAGAUACUGACGUAUCGAAAUCAGAAUGCUGCUGGACAUGUCAUAAAUGUCCGGAUAAUAAUAUUUUUGUGAACAACACCUGUGUCAAAUGCAGAGACAUUGAACAAGCUGAUAGUAACUGGACCACAUGCUUGCCACUGCCCACUCGCUUUAUCGAACACAAGAAAAAUGUGUUACCUUACCUUUUCACGCUGGCAAGUCUCAUUGGUCUUGUUUUCGUUCUGAUCGUCGUUUCCUUUUUUAUUCACUACAACCACUUCCGUCUUGUGAGAGCAUCGGGUAGAGAUUUGUGCUACAUGAUCCUGGUGGGAAUUGGGUUGACGUUUCUCAGUCCAUUUUUGUUUUUUAUUGAGCCGUCACUCACUGUAUGCGUGGUACGUGAAGGCUUACCUGGCGUGGCUUUUCUUAUUUGUUACGCACCGUUAUUUUUAAAGAUUUACCGCAUUUUUCGAAUUUUUCGACAUGCAAGAAAGUCCAUCGCAAGACCACCAAUGGUCAGCUCGAGGUCCUUACUUUUAAUGUCUUUGGGCAUUGUAGCAGUUCAAAUACUUUUGAUUGCAGUUUGGUUUUUGUCAAAUAUUCCCGAACCAAAACUGAAAGUAUCAAAGAACAGAAAAUACGUCACGAAAACCUGUAUAGGCGAUACAAGCCCGAUGCUACUAUUUUUAAACCUUGCAUUGAGUGUCUUCUUCAUGUUAGCCUGUACAGUGCUAGCAUUUAAAACAAGACAUUUUCCAAAAAACUACAACGAAGCAAAGUAUAUUGGAAUCACGCUUUACAUUACCUGUGUUGCAUGGUCCAUCUUUCUACCAGCAUAUUUUCUAAUCCCGGAGAAAGAUUUUAUUCGAGAAUAUCUUGUAAUCAGCAUAUGCUUGCUAAUUGGGUUUGUGACCAUAUUUGGACUGUUCGGUCAUAAAAUUAAACUUUUGAUAUUCCAAGAAGAAUUAAAAAACAGUUUGAAUUCGAAUUUACCCACGUGGUAUUUGAGCCAUAGCAGUGGAAAUGGAGUUGAAGAGAAGAUGGUCACAGAUACCUAUGGCAACGGAACAUCAGAGACUGAUAUGUAGUAUUUAUUUGAUUGAUGUUAUUAAUAAUAUUUGUUUAUAAAUGAUAGACAACAGUUAAUUGUAUGUGAUGUCUUUAGCUAUACUAGCUAGACUUUAGAAUAAACCUUUUAUCGUUCUACUAAAGAAAAUGCUGACUUCGUGGUUUCGUGGAUCAAUGCAAAGACUUUGUUUACUUAUUUUUUGAUCAGUAAAUGGAAAAAUUGCAUUGCUGCAAAGCCAUGCCAGCUGUGAAACCACGAAGCUAUCGAGAUGUUAAAACACUAAUUUAAAGGGGAAUUCUGAAGUUGUUAUUCGACUUUUUAAAAUGAUAAUGUUACUGUUUUGUCGUUUUCAAUAUUUUUUUAGAAAAUUCUAUUUCAGAUUCUAUGUAGAGAGAUUGCACUGUUCACGUGUAUACGGUUAUUUGUUUACUCUUUUUUGUUUUUAUUUUCUUGCAUGUAAAUAUUCCAUUUAAUUCAUUGAUUUGUACAAAGAAAACU